AAGGAUUGGCAUUGGAGCAGUGGAGGGGGGGGGGGAACAGAGCGAAGACUGGAGAAGAAGUGGGGAGAGAAGCGAUAAAUCGCAGAUCUAUCGAAUCGAAUAGAGAGAGAGAGAGAGAGAUACCAACUACUUCGUCUAUCCAUUAUCUACCUUCUCCGAUUCGGAGCUCUCUGGUUGUUCUGGUUGCUUCUGUUUCAUGAUAUUAAGGGCCUGAUGGCAAGCCAUCCUGGAAAAUAUGCUCCUUCAAAUGGCUCUGUCUAUGUGUGCAACUUGCCCUUUGGGACUGACGAAAAUAUGUUGGCUGAAUUUUUUGGCACCAUUGGAUUAGUAAAGAAAGAUAAGCGGACAGGGAGACCAAAAAUAUGGUUAUAUCGAGACAAAGAGACUAAUGAACCAAAGGGAGAUGCUACUGUAACAUAUGAGGAUCCGCAUGCUGCUGUAGCUGCUGUUGAAUGGUUUAACAAUAAAGAUUUUCAUGGUAAUAUAAUUGGAGUUUAUAUAGCAGAGUCAAAAAACAAGGAUGACCAAACAUAUAAUUCAGCAGUAGAGCCAGAUGUUGCUGGUAAUGUUAGCGGGCUAGAGGGAACUACCAGGGAUGUUAAUGGCGGUAAUGGAAGAGGUAGAGGUCAAAAUGAUACUGCAGGCAAAGCAUGGCAACAAGAGGGCGAUUGGUUGUGUCCGAAUACAAGUUGCUCCAAUGUGAACUUUGCUUUUCGUGGCGCGUGUAAUCGUUGUGGAACUGCUCGUCCUGCUGGUGCUGCUGGUAUUGCAGGAGCUGGUGGUCGUGGUAAGGGACGUGCUGUACAAGAUUCAGGGGCUGCUGGCCGCCCAGUUGGUGGAGGACUCUUUGGCCCCAAUGACUGGCCUUGUCCAAUGUGUGGCAAUAUCAAUUGGGCAAAGCGGACUAAAUGCAAUAUUUGCAAUACAAAUAAGCCUGGGCAUAAUGAGGGUGGUGUAAGAGGAGGACGAGGUGGAGGUUACAAAGAGCUUGAUGAAGAGGAAAUAGAAGAAACUAAACGUCGUAGGAGGGAAGCUGAAGAUGAUGGAGAGUUGUAUGAUGAAUUUGGAAAUCUAAAGAAGAAGUUCCGUGCCAAAACCCAGCAAGCUGAAGCUGCUCGAGGGCUUCCUGGUUCAGGGCGUGCUGGCUGGGAGGUUGAGGAACUAGGGAUAGACAGGGAUGCUAGAGAAAGUAGAGACAGAGGAAGGGAACGUAAUGAUGGGGAGAACAGGAACAGAGAGCGAAACGAUAAAGAUAGGCAAAGCAGUCGGAAUAGAGAGAGGGACAGGGGAAGAGAUCGAGACUGGGAUUAUGUUGAUCGAGAUAGAGAUUAUGGGCGGGAUCGUGACCGGAGUAGACACCGUUAUUAAAAGUAGCAGCAUGAGUGCAUUCUGAUGUGUUGGCUUUUUGUGGAAGGAUUUCAAUGGCUUUAAAUUAAAUCUAAAUUAAAUUCUUAAAUUUGGGGAUUGACAUCCUACAAUCUGAUUAAUGCCCGUUUUACUUGGCAUGGACCUUUUGUACAAUUUACGUUAUUUACCCUUUUAGUAUUUACAGACAGGGACACGUUUCUGUUUUAGAAAUGUUUACAAUAGUUUGAACCCGUCGUUGUCGUCGGCUAAUGUCUUUUGUUAUCAAUUGUUGUUUCAUGAAUGGAUUAAUUAUCCGAAUGGAACGACCAUAGAGCGCGAGUGAAAAAAUGCUAAACCACUGACAAAUGAUCUUGAAGAUUGACAUUAUUUUUCUGUUGCUGACAGGAGUGUUCAAUAAUUGUUGCCUGAGUUUUGAUCG